UUGUGAUGUGAGAGGCUCAUCGUCGUCGUCAUUACUCAUAAGCAAAAUCUUUCCUUUUUCUCGACGAUCCUUCCUUCCUACUGAUCCUUCGUCGUUUUCCUUUUCGUCUUCUUCUUCUUCCUUCCCGUGGAAGAUUGGUUGCAUCAUCUGAUCUAUACUCCUUGACGAUCUCCCGGAGCUCAUCUUCAGUUUCUUCCCCGAUCUUCUCUUUGAUUGACAGCCGCUUGUUUUUCCAUGGCUAAGAGCUCCUUCAAGCUGGAACACCCUCUCGAGAGGAGGCAGGCGGAAGCUGCCCGUAUCAGGGAGAAGUACCCGGAUAGAAUACCGGUUAUCGUGGAGAAAGCUGAAAGGAGUGACAUCCCUGACAUAGAUAAGAAGAAGUAUCUGGUUCCUGCUGAUCUGACUGUAGGGCAGUUUGUUUAUGUGGUCCGGAAGAGGAUCAAGCUCAGUGCUGAGAAGGCCAUAUUCAUCUUUGUCAAGAACAUCUUGCCCCCAACUGCUGCCAUGAUGUCCACAAUCUACGAGGAAAGCAAAGAUGAAGAUGGGUUUCUCUACAUGACUUACAGUGGUGAAAACACAUUUGGAUUGCCCUUAGCGGACUCGAACUGACUGUUACUGCCUAUCGACAGCAUAAGAUGUUUGGUGUAAAUUCUUAGAUCGUAUCAUCCUCUGAGGUUAAAUACAAGGUCCCAUUAAGUAAACGCCUAAGUUCUCUCGUCACGUGAGUGCUUGAUCUAUGCCUGGUUAUGAUGCGUACAUACCUAUGGAUUUCUAGGAAUGAAAAAACCCAUAUCUUGUUCUCUCUUGAGAUGUGUACAUAUCUAUGGAUUCUGGUAAUGAACAACCCCAUAUUUCGCUAUUGAGUUGGCCUUGCUAUUACGUGACAGAUUUAUACUAUUUCAUUGUCUCAA